ACCGGAAUUGCCAACACCUGACCUGCCGCUUUUAGUUAUUUUAUUUAAUUUUUUUGCGCAAUAUCAAUCGCAGGUCUUUUGUGGCUUAUUAAAAAUCAUGAAAAUUACUAAAACUUUAUUUGGCACGACCGACGACGGAAAAGAAGUGUACAAAUUUGCGAUUGAAAAUAAAAAUGGUUUAGUUCUUGAGGUUGUGAGUUAUGGAGCAAUAAUUGUUGGUAUCAAGUGUCCGGAUAAAAAUGGGAAGUUGGAUGACAUAACUCUUGGUUUUGAUGAUUUUGAAGGGUACUAUCGUCUUAAUGUUCCAUACUUUGGUGCAACUAUUGGCAGAGUUUGCAACAGAAUUGCAAAUGGAACAUUUGAAAUUGAUGGUGUCACUUACCAUGUUCCUAUAAAUGAUCCACCAAAUUCAUUACAUGGUGGUUGGCUUGGAUUUGACAAGCAUGUUUGGAGUUAUCAGACCAAUGAUGACUCGAUAACCUUCAGUCGUACCAGUGUUGAUGGUGAAGAAGGUUUCCCUGGCAACCUGAAUAUUCAGGUUACCUAUGGCUUGAAUGAUGACAAUGAAAUUCAUUUUAAUGUCACAGCUACGACAGACAAGGCAACGGUUAUUAACAUCACAAAUCACUCCUAUUUCAACUUAGCUGGACAAACUGAUGCAAAUGUACUAAAUCAUGUUGCACAGAUUACUGCUGAAAGCUACUUGCCAACAAAUGAAUACAACAUACCUACAGGUCAGAUAGUUCCAGUGAAAGAUGCCCCUGCAUUUGACUUCACCACUGCAAAAGCAUUUGGUAAAGAUAUCAGAGACACUCCAAAUGAUGGCUAUGAUAAUAAUUAUUGCAUUACAAGUCCUGGUGAUAUAACAAAACUACAGGCUAGGGUAACUGAGCCAAAUUCUGGACGUGGUAUUGAAAUCUACACAACUCAACCAGGAGUUCAGCUGUAUACUGCAAAUGGUUUAGAUGGUGGCUUGGUUGGAAAACAUGGCAUUGCUUAUCCAAAAUAUGGUGCCUUUUGCCUAGAGACACAGAACUGGCCAGAUGCAAUAAACCAUGAGAACUUUCCAAAGUCCAUACUUCGACCUGGGGAGACAUACAAAAACACUACCGUCUACAAACUGAUCGUGGUUAACACAAAUGAAUGAUUUCAAAUUCUCUCGCGAAGCAAAGUUCCGUCUUUUCAGACAAACAGAUUGAAAUUACUAAAACACGUACUACAAUUUACAUGCAGACUCUGCUAUAUAAGUUUACAUGGGGGUUUCGGAUUAAUGAUUCUUUGUAAUUUAACUGGAGUUAAUAUGAGAAAUAAAAGACGCGGUCAU